CCGACGGACAGCAGAGCGCGACAGCAGAGGAGAGAAACACCAAUACAACUUGUCAUCUGACCAACACAGUCACUGCUCUCGUCGCUGUGCAUGUUUUUUUUUUUGUACACAGUUUUGUUGUUUUGACGGAGGUCUGCUUUGCAACUAUUUUGGGAUAUUCCUUUUGAUUGCCGGAACGAUUAACUCGGGAUAUUAUUCUACAAGUUUUAAUUGUAACAUUUUCCCGUCCGUGCUGUUUGCGGGUUACGUUGUCAUUUAGACGUUUUUGUGUUUUUUUAUUAUUUUUUAUUAUUAUGGACAGUAUUCUUUCUCGGAUAGUCUGAGUGUCCCUCCCACACUGGUCCUCUGAGAAUACCAGCUUCAUCCACUGAAGAAUUUUAACAACAUUCAACUGCAAUGGAAUAUUUCGAUGAAAAUAUUUCUGCAAGGAAAUAAGGAACUCUGCACAACCUCAAGUGAAAGUCAUCCAGCAUACUUGUCCUAUUGGUAGGCUCUCCGGUCAGUUUGCCACGCCCCUUCAAGUGCCCCCAGUAGGCCUAUCUUUCUACGACCCCAUCUGGCCCAGGAUGUCCAGGCAGCUCUCCCAGCUUCCGAACCCCGACCUCCCAGCUGGCACAAGCCCACAGUUUGGAAGUUGUACCCAGCCUGCAGGCUCCCUCACAGGGGGGCCACUCAACUCUAUGGCAGGUCUUAAAUCCCUCCUGCAGCACCCCAUGAAGGGAGACCAGCGUUUAAAACCCCCGUGCGAUGCAAAAGACAAAGAGAAGCUGGACGUUGAUGAGGACUCCAUGGGAGUGUGCCCCGUAAGGAAUGGCAGUGCAAUAGGCAACAGUACUAACAGUAACGGCUGUGGAGGAGGGAGUGGUGGUGGUACUGGUGCUACUGGUGCUGCUGGUGCUACUGGUGCUGCUGGUGCUGGUGGUGCUGGUGGUGCUGGUGGUGCUGGUGGUACUGGUGGAAAUGCAGGAGGAAGUUUCAACCAGUUCUUGGGGCCGCUCUUGUGGGAUCGCACCCUGCCUGCAGAUGGGGGCCUCUUCCAGCUUCAGUACAUGGACUUGGAGGAGUUUCUGACUGAAAAUGGAAUGGGCAGCAUGCAUAAUAACAACAGCUCCAGUUCAGCCCAGAUCCCCUCGCAGAGCUCCCAGUCAGCUGUGCCCAACCAGAGCUCCCAGUGCCUACCGCCCUCAUCCCCACCCGGCUCUUCAUCUUCAUCGCCUUCUUCUUCUCCAUCGCUCAUCGGUUUGGAGGUGGCUCAGCCGCAGGGCCUCGGAGGUGGAAAUGACUGUUUGCAUGGGAGUCAGACCAGUAUGAAUGACUCCUGUGAGUCUCCUUCUUCUUCCUCCUCGUCCUCCUGUCCACCUCUGCUGACACCCACGGACAGCGGUCCAGAUGGGAUCGGCAUGUACGACAUGGAUUCUUCGGACAUGGAUAUGUCUGGCCAGCCGAACUACGACCCCAGGAGGCACUCCUUCAGCGAAGAGGAACUCAAGCCACAGCCGAUGAUUAAGAAGGCCCGCAAGAUCCUGGUGCCCGAGGGCUUGAAGGAUGAUAAGUACUGGACCAGGAGGUAUAAAAACAAUGAAGCAGCAAAGCGUUCCAGAGAUGCUCGCCGUCUGAAGGAGAACCAAAUAUCCGUGCGAGCCGCCUACCUGGAGAGAGAGAACGCCACCCUCCGACAGGAAGUGGCGGAGAUCCGGAAGGAACUGGGCCGCUGUCGCAGCAUCCUUAGUAAAUACGAGAACCGUCUCGCUGACCAGUGAUGAAGACGUGGAGCAAAAUCAGAAAGAGGAGGAAUAUAAGCUGGAUUAAAUUUAAGACUCUGAAUUCUUGGGGUGGCACGAUGGACAGAAAAAUGGUGAUGAUGAUGAUGAUUAUGAUGAUGAAUGUAAAAGACAAGGGGAAGAUUUGUGUAUUGAAGCUCAGGUGUCUUGUUUCGUUGAGGUGUCAACUCUUAAAAGUGAAAGAUGGAGAGAAUAAUUUAACAGAUGAAAAGAUGUGACUUUUAAGAGUUUUGUUAUUGGAGAAUUGUAUAUUUUUAUAAUACUUAAGAAAAAUUAGAGGGAGAGCAAAUUUGGAGAAUAAUUUUGUAUAUUUUCUACAUAGAGACGGGAGAAAGCUAUGGUAAAUAUCUUUUUAUUAUAGAUGAGUCAGGAGACGUUUAACAGGUGGUCAGCCAUCGAUGGGUAUUUUUCGACUUGAUUAUUAUAGUCAGGAUGCAGCAGCAGGGGCGAGGACGCAUGUAACAAUUGUAAUAUAGAGAGCAAAAAUUAUCUUAUAAUCGUAUAGUUCAACAUUUUUGUGGAUUUUAUUCAAGCACUUAAUUUUCUUCCUGUUAUGUUUCUGUCACUGGGAAUGGGCAUGCUGAAGAGAGAGAGAGACAAGAGGAGACACCAUGUAAACACUCUGUUUCAAUUGAUCGACUUCAUCCUUUUUUUAUUAACUUUCUCAACAAUAUUAUUUCUGUGUACUUUAAGCUGAACUUUAUGCGAUUGGUACAUCUCUCACGAGUCCAUACUUUUAUCUUUGACUCUAUCUCCUUUUCUCUAUCCCCGUUUGAGUGCUUUACAUCCACUCUGGUGUCUCGUCGUACCUCACCUAAGCCGGUGAAAGCCUGUUUGUGAUGCCCCGGGUAACUCUGCUCCCUCUUGAUCCUCUCUUUUGAACUGUCGGGACGUUUCUCUUCCUCUGUUUCUAUAUCCAACUGCUCUAUUUCUGUCCGCUCUCACUUACAGCCAAUCCCCUCACAGUUAUGUGCGAACUCUUCCCGUAACAUUUUGUCCCCGUGUCUCUCUUGUACCUCGGCGGUACACAGAGUAGUUCAAUCUCGGUGUUUGUAUUGCAUCCUAAAAUAGUAAUCAAUCUUCCCAGUCAAACGCACAUCGUUACUUUACUGUACUUUAUGAACACACUUUGAUUAGCAUUGUUAUGGGGGGAGAAAUGUUGUAUAUUGGAUAGGCCUAUACUAUUUUGUGUAUUUGAUGUAUUCCAGGAGAUGGGUUCAAAACCCCCGUUGAGUGGAAUGGUGUUAAUUUCUCAGAUUUCUGGGAGAAAUAAAAGCCAAAAUUUCCUAUAUUGAUCCACAAAGCUUGUUGCUAUUUAGUGCUUUUUUUUCAAUACUGCUCCUUCCUUACUGUUUACUCCUUUUAUUACUCUUUACUUUUUACUGUAUCUAAAAAAAUCUCUGUGUAUCCACAACACCUACACAUGGAGCAUGGUGCACUAUGUUCCUGGGGAAGGAUGACUAGUGAUAGAGUGUGAUUUUAAUCCCCUUAAUGACCAUGAUGAAUAGUUACCAUUAGUGGUAGUAUUACUGUUAUGAUUAUGAUGAUUAUCCCUCUUGUUGUUGCUGUUCUAUAUUAUUGAAUGAUUUUCUUUCUUUGGAUGAACGUGAUCUGUUGCACCUUGAAACACCUUUGAUCUUCAUUGUUCCUCAGAAAGACUAUUCAAAUGAAAAAAAACAACAACCCUCAGUCUGCUCUUUGCAUCCUGUCUCAGACCUCCAGACAUUACUCACUUCCACUACGGACACUACUGCCACCGUGGUUUCUUUGACCGUGGAUUCCAAAAGCGUGGCUCAAUAACUUGAACAUGAUAUUCAUGCAGACUUACUUUACCUUUUGUGAUGACCUCUUCUGUUCUCCAGCGGUGUACGGACUAUGCACACUUAUCAAUAUGCUCCUUGUUGGUUUAUUUCAGCCUUUAUCACCUCAAUCAGUGAUUGUUUGCUCUCCCAACAGGAUUUAGUCUAAUAUCCUCACAGAUGUGGUUGGUAAAUCUUUUAGUGACUCUUAUUGAACUACAACUGCCCUGCUGCAUCAGUGGUGUACAUGGUGUCCAGCCCACUCGGUGCUGGUUAUUUGGAUGUAGUCAAGAUUUUUCCAAAAACACCAAUAAAAGAUUGUUCUCAUUCACUA